GAAGGAGCACGCGGGCUGUAUCUGAAGAACCAAGUCACGUUAGAUGCGUACGCGACCGUGGUUCUUCAUGGAAAGGGCUCCUUGCGCAGUCGCGCCAUAACAGAGCAGGUGAAAACGGAAGGAGAAUGUCGAUGGGAUGAACAUUGUGAAUUUAAAAUCUCGGAACAAUCUACGCAUAUCACGGUGACCGUUCAAAAUAAAACAAAGUUCGGUGGAGCAGAUGUGAUUGGCAAAUGUGAGAUCCCGAUCGAUCAGGCGAAAAAGGUUGGUGGCCACAUGUGGUUUCCAUUGAAGAAGAAACGAGAUGACAGCAAGUACAGGGGCGAAGUCCAGUUGCAGUUCACGUUUUCCUAUGAGAAACCAACGCUGUCCAUUUCUAACUCAUCGCUGAAUAAAAUUGAAAAAGGUUUGAUUCAUGGAUUAAUUUGA